CUUGUCCCUUCGGAGAAUCACCCAGCCUGAAUGUUGAUGGUCGGACAUAAUGGUCAAAAGCUUCCUUGGAAUGUGGACAUGGUCUUGGAUAAAUCGCCAAUGCCUGACGCGUCCUGGCGUGGACUUGGGGCUUCCGAUUAGAUUGUCUGCUAGGCAUCUAAAUAAGUAUAGCCCGUGUGAUGUGAUGUCGAAGUAUAUAUAUCUCUGAAGAUCUCGUUCACUUUUGUCCUUGUUGGCAUCCAUCUUCACCUCCCUCCCUGCAACAUAUUCCGGGAUGGCCCCGCAUCUGUCCAAGAGCCUCGCCUCUCUAGCUGUGAGCGCUGCGAUUGCCCAAGCUCAGCUCUGGGAGCAGGCCAUCCAGACGAGUUACGGUCCCGUCCAAGGUUUCAAAUAUUUCAACGAGUCUACCCUCGAGAAAUACUUUGGUAUCUCCGAGUCCAACGUGACCGCCUUCUUGGGUGUCCCAUUCGCCGCGGACACUGGGUAUCAAAACCGCUGGAAGCCGCCACAGCCACGUGAGCCCUGGAAUGAAACCCUGAAAGCGACGGACUUUGGUCCUGCCUGUCCCAGCAACUACGCAUCGAAUAUCAGCGAAGACUGUCUCAAUCUGAACCUCUGGACCAAUGCCGGCUCUGCGGAAGCCAAACUCCCUGUUAUGGUCUGGAACCAGGGGUCCGACGAGACCAGUAAUGAUGCCUGGUGGUACGGCGGUGGAAUGGCCUUGAAGGACGUCAUUCUCAUCACCUUCAACCGUCGCGACGAUGCAUUCGGUUACCUUGCUCAUCCGGAGCUCAAUGCUGAAGGUCUCCAGCUCACCGGUCACAACACGUCCGGAAACUACGGUGUCCUUGACCAGCUCGAGGUCCUCAAAUGGGUCCAGAAAAACAUUGCCAAGUUUGGUGGUGACCCGGACCGCGUGGUCGUCGCUGGCCAGUCUUUCGGCUCGUCCCAGGUCUAUCAUGCCGUCAACAGCCCGUUGUUCAAGGGGUAUUUCCAUGGCGGUAUCUCUGAGUCUGGCAUCAGAUAUCCAUACGAUCCUAUGCUGGCCGGCCUCGCGACCUCUUACGUCAACAUGUCUGCUGCCAUCACGCACGGCAUCAACUACACUACUUUCCACAACGUCUCCAGCAUCAAGGAACUGCGCACGCUCUCCAUGGAGGAGCUUCUCGUUGGCUCCCAGGAUCGCGUCAACGAGACGUGGAUCGACCCGAUCACUGCGCUGUCUGCUGGCUAUCCGCUCAUUUUCAAGCCUGUCCUAGACGAUUACGUUCUUCCCUCCACAUACCUAGAGACGCUCAUCAACGGCCCGGCCAACGACGUACCUGUCAUAACAGGCAACACCAAGGAUGAGUCCGGAGCCUCGCCAAGCACAGACUACACCGUCGAGGAAUACGAGACCUACUCCUCUCUCAAGUACGGUAAUCUAUCGAGCCGUUAUUUCCAGCUGUACCCAGACCACGGCAACGCAAGCACUGCAGACAGGGCCUGGAACGCGGCUGCCCGCGAUACCUCACUUAUUGGCUCCUGGGCCUACGCCACCGACUGGUACAAGGCCGCCUUCUCCUCGUUCUACACCUACUACUGGACCCAUGCCCCACCAGGCCAAGACCAGGGUGCCUUCCACCAAUCUGAGAUCAUGUACGCACUGAAUGCUCUCUACGCCAACGCGGAUAGGUACCCGUUCACGGAGCAGGACUAUGCCAUCCAGGAAAAGAUGUCCGCCUACUGGGCGAACUUCGCAAAGACACUCGAUCCCAACAAGGGCGGAUCUUACAUUGGUAGCGGCUCGCUGCCCCGCUGGAGCCCGAACAGUGCUAAUGGUACCCAGCUUGUCAUGGAGCUCGGCAAUGCGUUUGGAAACGUCCCCAUUGCCAAGAAGGCGCAGGUGGAGCUCAUUAUGGAGUGGUUCCAUCAGCAGACUCCGUACUGAUUUCGGCAAUCAAUCACUCCUCACGACGGGGCACCUGGUCAGCCUACUGUAAGGAGAUAGACAUCAUCCUGCUACCGAUGCCCUGUGCGGAGGCCAUCAGCUAAUGUAUUCCUAUAUUUCCCUUUGGAUUCAUUUUCUUCACUGGUCUAUUUCUGCCACCGUUUCUGCCACUCCUUUGAAUUGUUUAUUGUACAUAUAUACAGAGACUUUCCCAUUCUCCGUUCCCAAAUAUCAGACACAACAAAUAUCUAACACUGCUCCCCUUCCAACUUCACCCCGUAAUUCUACCCUUUUAUAUAAAAUUCAAACUCCCCUAUAGGGCUGCCGACAAGUGGGCCCAACCCAGCCUCC